CUCUCCUCCUCCUCUCCCUGCUUCCACUUCACAAAUCGCGUGAUAUCCGCCUUUCUCACCGCCGGGGGGCACGACACCUCUACCUUUCUCCCUUCCUUCACCCUCCUCUCCGCUCGCCCCGGACUUUUUCUCGCCUCUUUACCUAUUCAAAAACAUAAUCUCAAUAGACUUGGAUCGGCUCAUGGAGGGUUUGUUUGCACGUUGAUGGAUACAUGUGGGAGUUUGGCGCUUGCAACAAAGGGCAUGUAUAGCACGGGUGUGAGCUUGGAUAUUAGUACUACCUUUGCCAAGGCGGCGGGGGGUGAGGGAGAUGAGAUUCUGGUGAGGGGAGAGGUGGUGACGAUGGGUCGCAAUCUCGCCAUGACCCGCGUCGAGAUCCGUCAUCCAGUCAGUGAUGCUCUGCUCGCCUUUGGCUCUCACACAAAGUUCAUUGGCAAGGCAAUAGGUCAUGCUGAGAAUGUCGAGUUCGAUGAAGAGGGGGAGAAGGUGAUCAAGGGCAAGCCGAUGGAGGAGUGGGGCAAGGAG